AUGCUGAACAGCAAGUGGCUUAUGGGUUUUAUUGUUAAUCAAUUGCCAUUAAUCGGUCUUAUUGUGGCAUAUCCAGCAUUUAUUGUGGCAUCCAUAAUCUAUCAAGUGGUGAAAUGGUUAAGACCAAAGAAAACAAAUAUUUCACUCAGCAACGAAGUGGCCGUGAUAACUGGUUCUGCUGGCGGUUUGGGUCGUGAAAUAGCCAUCGAUUUGGCUAAGCGUGGCUGUCGCAUUGCCAUCGUCGACAUACAACAAACGUUGGCCGAAGAAACAGCCGAACAUAUAGCGGAAACAUACAAUGUUAAAGCCAAAGCGUACAAGGUUGAUGUAUCGGAUCACAAACAAAUUUCCGAAUUACGAGACAACGUCACCAGAGAUUUGGGAGAUACAACAAUUUUAGUUAACAAUGCUGCAGUGUUAUUCUUUUCAACAGCACAAAAUCCACCACUAGAAGAAGUCCAACGUAUGAUUAAUGUUAACGUCAGUGCCGUAUGUUAUACGACUGAAAUAUUUCUACCCAAAAUGAAAGAACUGAAUCGUGGCCAUAUUGUCAACAUUUCAUCUGCUUCGGCCCUCUUGGCUUUUCCCACAAUGAGUGUUUAUGCUGCCACCAAAGCUGCAGUGCGCCACCUCACAUGGAUGCUGCGAUCGGAAUUAAUGCUACUUGGUCAUAACAUCACGGCGACCACUGUAAUGCCAACAUUUUUAAAUACAAAUAAAUAUGUUAAGAAAUUAGUCGAUAUGAAUGGUAUACGAGGAGCUUCGGGUGGUAGUGUUGCCCGACGCAUUGUUGAGGGCAUGUUGGCCGGGGAAGAUGAACUGGUCAUACCCGGUUCCAUUAAGUAUAUGUAUAAAUUAUUUGAAUUACUGCCAACCUAUAUAAAGGAACGCUUUUUGACACUGAUUGUUGGUAGCAAUUACAAAAGAUAUAUAAAAUCGAGUAAAGUCAAAGAACUACUGCAGGAAGGUACCAUCAAAUGUGAUGUAAAUAAUAAUACAAAAUCUUAG